AUGUUCGAGUCGUUUUCGGACAUAAAAUCAUAUGACAUAUUUGGACAUAAGACACUCUCGAUAACUAAUGAGGUGACAUACAUGAUAGCAAAAGACAAUAUGCCAUUAUCAACCACCGAAAAAGAAGGAUUUAAAUAUUUUAUGCAAAAAGCAGCGCCUAAGUAUAAACUUCCUUCCAGGAAUACAACAACUAACUUAAUAAAAAGUAAAUACGAAGUGUUAUCAAAUUUAAUUAAAUCCAAACUCAGCGUGAUUGAUUAUUUAACAUUAACAUCAGACAGCUGGACUGAUACAAUCAACACGAAAAGUUUUCUGAGCAUGACUGUUCAUUAUUUUGAUUCAUCUAAAGUUGCCCUACACAGUAUCACAAUAGGCGUACUAGAACUUUCUACCAACCAUACCUCUGAAAAUAUUUCAAUUUGGUUUGAACAACUUCUUACAGACUGGGGUAUAAAUAAAACUCAGGUUUUCACAGUAGUAACUGAUAACGGGUCAAAUAUUUUGGGUGCAGUUAAAAAAACUUUUACUCCAGAAAAGCAUUUUCCGUGUUUUGCACACACGUUAAAUUUAGUGUCUGAACGAACGUUGGGAAAUCUUGCUGAUGUAAAACAAGUUAUCAACAAAAUAAAGUCUGUUGUUACUUAUUUUAAACAUUCAGUAGUUGCUUGUGAUGAACUUAAGAAAUUGUGUAAUCUUAAGCUGAAGCAGUCUGUACCAACUAGUUGGAAUUCUAUAUACUAUAAUUGA